GGAGGAGAUAAAGGGAGGGGCGGAGGCAUUCGAGGGCAGAGACACGUACGGCUGAGGAAAGAACGGCAGUGGGUGUUGCAGCUGCGACAAGAGGAUCCUCCGCGGGAGAUUGUGUAUUGUGACACCGAGAGAGUUGCGUCAGUCUACCAGCUACCAGAAUGGAUGUCUUCAACAGGAACAUAAAUUUUGACGCCCUCUUCAAAUUCUCCCACAUCUCCACGUCAACCCAGCAGCACCUGAAGAAGGUCUAUGCUAGCUUUGCACUGUGCAUGAUCCUGGCAGCGGCUGGUGCCUACAUCAAUGUGGUAACUGAGAUGGUGCAGUUUGGACUGCUGACUGGCCUGGGAGCACUUGGCCUUAUGAUCUGGCUGAUGGCUACGCCCCACAGCCAAGAAACAGAACAGAAGCGGCUGAGCAUGCUGGCAGGUUUUGCCUUCCUCACUGGAGUCAACCUAGGACCUCUGCUGAAAAUGUGCAUUCACAUCAACUCCAGCAUCAUCCCAACUGCUUUCCUGGGCACAGCUGUGAUCUUCAGCUGCUUCUCCCUGAGUGCCCUUUAUGCCAAGCGCCGUGCCUAUCUCUACCUAGGAGGUGUCCUCUUCUCCGGCCUGUUCCUGAUGCUGUUCUUCUCCCUGAUCAACAUUUUCCUGGGCUCAGCUUGGCUCUUCACAGCUAACCUCUACAUUGGGCUGAUGGUGAUGUGUGGUUUUGUGCUAUUUGACACCCAGCUCAUCAUUGAGAAGGCCGAGAAUGGAGAUAAGGACUACAUCUGCCCUUUCUUUCUUCCCGCCUGCCAGGCAUUGUGUGGAUCUCUUCCUGGAUUUUGUCAACAUUUUCCGGGAGCUUAUGGUCAUCUUGGGCAUGAGUGAGAGCAAGAAGAAGAAAGAGAAGUGAAGGAACACCAGAUGCCUGUCUGGGGCCUCCUUUUUCUUGCCCUUCCCCCGUUUUGCCUCUUUCUCUUGCUUCCAUCCAGUCUGACCUGCAUUAAAGGUGUCCCCGUUUGUUCUGUGUGAAUGAGAAGCAUCUGUGACACUUUCAUACUUUGUGGAAAUGGGGUUGUUUUUUUCUCUCUUGGGUUUUUGAGCCUUUUGAAAAAGCUAACUUGGGUGAUCCUAAUUGAUGCUGGAGUCAGGCUGUGCUCCACUUCUGUACAUAACGUUAAUGUACACGCACACUUUUUUCCCCAUCAGGCCCUACUGUUAUUCCGGCCUUGGAUAUUGGCAGUGAUCCCACAGGGUUUUUUUUACUGGGUAGAUUAAGUCUCUCCUCCCUCCCCUCGUCACUCUCUCCCCCUUCUUCUACCAUAAUUAGAGCACACCUUGAUGCUCUGGGAGUGUUUCUGCUGUCAGUAAAACUCUUUAAUUAUUGUGGCAGCACUUGCCUGAAAACAAACCAAGCUGGUCUACAGAGCUGUUCAAGCAGAUUGGGCAUUGCACAACUUGCUUCCUGCAAGGUGGUGCAGGAUACACGACAAAGUGUAGCUCUCCUUUGUUGGCUCCACCUCCUUCACCCCUCUUCCUGGGAGGACUAGUGCUUGCUUAACUGAUCCUGCAUCUUCUCUCGCUCCCCACCCCUUUCAGUUGUGCUGCUGGGUAGCAAAAACUAGCUAUUGUGCAAGUGAAAUUCAAGUCUGGCACCCCCAUCUUCUUGUUUUUUAGCAACUGCCGUAAGCAGUCUUUUUGAGCUGGGUAUCAAUCCAGUCUGGUUCGCUCUUGAUUUCAAUUGCAUUCUUUUUUUUUUACCUCAGCAUGCCAAAGUGCUUGGAUUUUGCUGAACAGGAAAAGCCCCAGCACUCUAGUUUGCUACCACAGUUAGGGGAACUGGGCAGCCAAGGUCAGUGAGGGCUUGCCUGGUGCGUGAGCUCUGCCCAAGAAAGGGUUGGGGGGUCAAGUAUGGGGAGCUCCCUCUUCCCUGUGAGCACCCAGAGGCACAAGGCCCUGCAUGUCACAAGUUCUGGAGGAGCCACAAUUGACUGCUAUGCAAUGAUGGGGUGGGGUGCGGUGGGUGGGAGGAGGUCUACUCUGCAAUCCUGCUACCCCUGCAUAUGGGGACAAGGUGGAAUCUGUACACUCAACAUUAAAACUUCCAAACCCAUUAAGGAUUCUUUUUAAAACCUUCCCCUGCCGCAAAUUAGAUAUUUAUCUUGCCAGGCUCCAACUCGGCUUGCUUUGGAUAUUCUGCUCCCUCCCCUUUCCUCACCACUUUCCCCUCCCCCUUUUUUCUGGAACCAGUGCCAAGAACUAAACUUCAACAGAUCUACUUUAUAGAGACCUUGUCUAACAGGUUUUAAUAUAGUAAUGACUAAACUCUGUCACUCAUUGGAUGUCCAGCUCUAGGUGCAUUCUUUAGACUCCUACUGUGAAGAGACAGGGUUUUUAAAUAAAAAAGGUGUUUUGAUUCAACUAUGAAAUUUACAUUGUCUUGCUUUCUACGGGAAAAUAUUAAAAUAAAAAUCCUAAAACUAA